CGCACUGUGCACCGCACGUCACUGUGGGCCGCGGCGCCGUUAGGUUUGAGGCUGAGUUAGGAAAUGUCGCUGGGAGACUUGUGUUCGUCUCAUCGGAAGAGUUAAGAAUUCGCGUCCUUCUUUGUAGCCAGGCCUGUCAUUCCAGGACACCUACUCUCGGGGCUGCUAUGGCUGUGAGGAGGCAGCAGGAGCUGCUGGGCGGCAACCGCACCGAGCCGCCCAGCUUGGUGCGCACGGUGAAGUCGCUCAUACCCGUGUUGCCUUGUUCUACCGUUUCCACCGCUCUGCUCGGUUGGAUUCUCUUCUAUCUCACCUGCAGAUACAGGUUACUAGGCGAGCACACCUUUACUCUAGGCAACUUCCAGAGCCGUUUACAAGUGUACAAAGUGCUCAGCUAUGUGUUCAUCCACAGAAGUAUGAGUGCACUAGUGUGCAAUAUUCUCAUGCUGUGGUAUUUUGGUGGUGCCAUGGAGAAGGACAUCGGAACUGUAAAAUUUGCCUACCUCACACUCCUACUUACAAUUCUUUCUGGGAUUAACUAUGUCAUUAUUGGUUCAAUAUUUUUUGGACUGGAAAAUCUAAAAGAAAUUCAGGGAUUCACUGUAGUCGUGUUUGCCUUUGCGGGGAUGUCUGUAGUUCUGUCCCCUAUGAAAUCUGUUGUGUUUAUAACAACAAUCAAGGUGAUUUAUCUCCCAUUCGUUUUACUUAUCCUUUCGCUUUUUAUACCGGAGUCAUCGAUCUUGGGUAACAUUUGUGGAAUUGCAGCAGGAGUUGCUUAUGCUUAUGGCCGAAAGUAUUUUCCAUAUUUGGAUAUGCAUGAAUUGACUGCUGCUUCCUUGGAGAGGUACUUUCCUUUCAACAAUCUGAAGAAAUUACCAGGGAUCACAUUUUAUUCUGCCUUAUGGGAAGUGAGACAUGUCGAGACAACAAACAGGUGUAAUCCUAAACCAGGGUCCUACCCAACUCAGACUUAUUACUAUCCUCCAUCCACUGACCCAGCAUACAGCUAUUAUUCAGCAAUAUUAAAAGAGCAAAUUAGUUUGCAUGGAAAUGUGCAGCAACCGCAUCUUAGUUAUAAUCUUGAACGCACUCCUGGAUUUGGAUAUGAUGCUGAGCGUGCAUCUGUUCAUGGACACAGUCAAGAUAUUAUGCAUCCAUCUGGACAUGUAUUCAACCAUAAUCGCAGGGAGACACUUGGACACGGACACAGCCAUGAUGUUGGACACACACCUGGACAUGAACUUGGCCAUGAAUUUGGGCUGGCAUCUGGGCACAGUCACUGCCAUGAUCAUGGGUUUGCAUCUGGUUAUGGACACAGUCAUGAUGUCUUUAUAUCUAAAAAUGGAGAUACCCAUGACCUUGGACACAGCCAUGAUCUUGGGCGCACGAACAAUCCUGAACAUGGGCAUACCUGUGACCAUAAACCCAGUUAUCAGUAUUCUGAAGACGUACAAUAUAGUUCUCCGGGGCUCCCACAGGGUGUUGAAAGUUCUGCUUCUGAACAAGACUCCUUUUCUGUGCUAAUGGGCUAAGUUUUGCUCUGGGAUUUUUUUUUAGCAGGCAGCUGCACACAUGAGGCACCAGGCCAUCACUAUCACAGGGAACAUCAUUCCAUAUCAAAGCUGCUAUUUUAAGUUACAAUGUUGUAGUUCAGUCUUCUGAGACAGCACCAAAGUGGAUGUAGAUAUAGUGAAUCCUAUCAUUGGCAUGCAAUUGAAGUUGUGAAAGAUUUUUUAAAAUGUCUGCAUCUGUAUAUUUGUCAAACAUCAGAAUUUAAAAGUCAUAUAUUUAGUAAUUCUUUAUUCUGUUUAUUUGUUGUGCUACAUUUUUACUUUGAGAAAUUUGUCUCUGCUUACCAUUUACAAUGUCCAUGCAACUAUGAUCAGCAGGCUCAAUUUUUCAUUCAUUUAACGUGCUUAUUGUUAAUAACUGUUUUGUAAACAGCAUACUUUGGAAAUAUCCUGGCCAUUAGCUUGAGACCUGAGACUGCAGUAUGAUGAAACCUGAUUUGUACUGUUAUGGAAUAACCGUCAUUUCACUUAGACCAAGAGAUGUACAGUAGAGGUAAAGUACUGGAGAAAAGGAGACGUGGCCCUCCAUGCAUGUUACAGAGUGACAGAGGUAAUGGGCAAGGAGAUUAUAACACAAUCUUUACCUACCUUACUGUCAGUCCAGCUUGAUAUUUGCCACCUUUUAUGGUAGGUAGGAGUGAUGGCAAGACUUUCUUUCAAUAGUGAGGUGGGGAAAUGUAAGGCUGAGUUUUCAUUGUUUUGAUACCAUUAGCUUAGUAGUACUAGAGACUGUAAACAUGCUACUAAGGCUGCUGAUGAUCUGUAUGCUCCAAUGCAAAGUCUGUCCACUUUUAACUCCAUAAUUGUGUUCCUUUCACCCCCUUCCUCAGUUCCUGUUCUGCCAAAACCUUAUUCAAUAUUUCAGAAUCAAGUUUAAUAUCACUGGCAUAUGUUCUGAAAUUUGUUGAUUUGCAGUAGCAAUAUAUCGCAAUACAUAAUAAAAAAUUAUGAAUUACAGUCAGAAAUUAUAUGUAAUAAUUAAAUAGUGCAAAUAGAGAGCAAAACAAAAAAAGAGGUAGUGUAUGGGGGAUCAAUGUCCAUUCAAAAAUCUGGUGGUGGGGAGGUAAAACCUAAAAUGUUGAAUGAGUGAUUUCAGGCUCCUAUACCUCUUCCUUCAAGGUAGCAAUUAAAAGAGGGUAUGCUCUGGGUGAUGGGGUCCUAAUGAUGGAUGCUGCCUUUUCUGAGGCAUUGCUUUAUGAUGCCUCUCUGCUGGGGAGACUAGUACCUUUGAUGCAACUUUUUCCGAUCCUGUGCAAUGGCCCUUCCAUACCAGCCAGUGAUGCAGCUGGUUAGAAAGCUUUUCACAGUACAUCUGUAGAAAUUUCCCAAAGUCUUUAUUGACAUAUCAAGACUCCUCAAACUCCUAAUGAAAUAUAGCUACUGUUGUGCCUUCUUUGUAAUUGCAUUAAUAUGUUGGGCCAGAAUAGAUCUAUAGGUAUGUUGAUAACCAGGAACUUGAAAUUGCUUUCCCUUUCUACUGUUGAUCCAUCCAUGAGGACAGGUGUGUCCCCCAUCAAUUUCCCCUUCCUGAAGUCUUACCGAUGCUUUAGUCUUACUGAUGUUGAUUGCAUUUUUGCUGUGACACCACUCAACCUGCCUUCUCCGUAAGCUUCCUCGUCAUCAGCUGAAAUUCUGCCAAUAAUUUAACAAUAGAAAUAAUUUUGUUAUCUCUGAAUGUGUCUAUUCCAAUGGUCUCUUGUCUAGCUUUCUACCUUCCAACAUACAUUUGAGUUCAGAAAUUGAUAUCCCUGCUAGUUCUCAUUCACCCAUCAACCCUGUAGCCUUAGAUUGCUGUGGUCUUUUAAAGAUCUUUUAGUAUCUUGUCUUUCUGUUUCUGUAUUAUACAGAUCUAUAACUUCAGAUCUCCAUGUAGCUUGAAUUUUGGUUCUGUUUCAUGUACAGUUUUACCAUAGGCUUUGGGUGCCUAAAUACUAAACUUUCAUCUUCCUUUACCUCUCCUACUUUAAGACCAUCUGACAACCCACCUCUUCAAUCAGACUUCUUGAACAGAUUUUGUAAUGAGUUACCUCUAUUCACAUUACAUUGUUUAGAGCACGUGUACUGUUCGAUGGCAUUGCUAUCAAUGAUAGAGAUCGCCUCCAGAGCUACAGUGUUUUGCAGCCUUGGAAGGAAGUUGGGAAAUCACUUGAAAUGAUCAGAAUUCGUAACACCUGCUGUGUAGUACCCUGAAAACCUUAACUUGAUGGGCAGUAAUUUAGGAGUUAACUGGCUCUAAAAUCAUCUUAUCCAUUUAUAUUGUUUCUUCAGAUGACUAUUUCAAAGUGUAAGGAAUUUAAAAAUGUUUUUUAUAAAACAAGAAUCUACUAUUUUAUAUUGUAAUUGUGUAGAACUCUAUGUUUAAAAAAAUUAAAACUGCAUUUUGCAUUCUGAAAUAUGUUUAAUGUGAUUGUCUACUCAGCCAGCUUGAUGUUAUCAGCUGGUGGACACCAAGGGCUACCUUGAAUUAAAGUCUGUCAGCAGCAGGGAUCACAGAAGGAGCAUUAACAGAUUAAAAGUUACGAGAACUUUCUUUCAGACUGAUGGUGAAUUGUCAGUCUACCUCUGACCUCUAAUUCUGAUGCAACAUUUCCUGAUGUGGUUUCGGAAUCUAUUUUUUGGUUCUGUUACAAUAUUAGAAGAGCAGUAAAAACACAGAUUGCCAUUGUUGUCUUCAAUUCUUUAUUUUUUUUCUGAAAAGUACAGAAGUUGCCAAGGACAGGUUAAAUCUCAUCAGUAGUUACUAUCCUCUUUAAUUGCAUCACUUACUACUUCACGUCUAUUGUUUCAAAGUAUAUAUUUAAAUUGCCUGAUAUUUAUAUUAAUUUUGUAACAUUUUUAAGAAUGUAGAACAGUACAACAUAGAACAGGCCCAUCGGCCCACGGCAUUGUGGGCCCCUUUAACUUAUAACAAGGUCAGUCUAACCCUUCCCACCCAGAAAACCCACUAUUUUGUUUUCAUCCAGGUGUCUUUUUAAGACUCUCUUAAAUGUCCUUAAUGCAUCUGCCUCUGACAUCCUCUCCUAUACUUUCCUCCCAGCACCUUAAUGUUAUGCUUCCUUGUAUUAGACAUUUCUACCACGGGAAAAACUCUGAAUGUUCAUUUGAAUUACGCUCUUUUUAUCAUCUUUUACACCUUCAUCAAGUCACCUCCCAUCCUCUCCAAAGAGAAGAGCCCCAGCUUGUUCAACAUACCCUCAUAAGAUGCACUUUCUAAUACAGGCAUCUUCCUGGUAAAUCUCUGCACCUUCUCUAAACUUCUAAAUGCAUCCUCCUUGUAAUGUGGAGAUCAGAAAUGAACACAAUAUUCCAAGUGUGGUCUAACUAGAGUUGCAACAUCACUUUGCAAUGCUAGAACUCAAUGCCCUGACUAAUAAAAGCCAACACACCAUACACCAUCUUAACCACUCAAUCAACUUGUGAUGCAGCUUUGAAGGAGUUACUAACAUGAACCCCAAAAACCCUUUUCUUCCACAUCGUUUAAAAUUUUGCCAUUAACCGUGUAUUGUCAUCAAGUUUGACCUUCCAAAGUGAAGAUUGAACUUGAUACACUUUGAUAAUAUUUUGCUGCCACUUCUCAGCCUAGUUCUGGAUCCUAUCAAUGUUCUGUUGCAACCUACAGCAACCUUCUACACUGUCCACCAACUUUUGUGCAGUGGCAAUCGUAAUCACCCAUUCUUCCACUUCCUCAUCCUAGUCAUUUUUUAAAAAAUCACAAAGAGCAGUGAUCACUGUGGAACACCACUGGUCUCUAACCAGUAGGGUGAAUACACUUGAUCUACUACCACUCUGCCUUCUGUUGGCAAGCUAACUCUGAAUCCACACAGCCAAAUUUCUCAGGAUCCCGUGCCUCUUGACUUUGUUAAAUGCCUUACAGAAAUUCAUAUACACCACAUCCACUGCUUCUCCCUCAUCAAAAUGUUUUGUCAGUUCCUCAAAUAAUUCAGUCAUGCUUGAGAGCCAUGACCUGCUCCUUACAAAGCCAUGUUGUCCAGUACUAAUCAGACUAUGCUUCUCUAAAUGAUCAUAAAUAAUAUCUAAGAUUCUUCUCCCAAUAGUUUUCCCACCACUGACAUAAGACUAGUUUAUUAUUCCCGGGGUUAUUCCUAUUAUUUUGCUUGAACAAAGGAGUAACAUUUGAUCUUCUCCAACCCACUGGCAGUACUCCUGUAGCCAGUGAGGACUCAAGGAUAUCUGCUAAAAGUGAACCAAUCUCUUCCCUUACUUCCUAAAAUAACCCGGAGUAUAUCCUGUUUGGCUGCAGGGACUUGCUUAUCCUAAUAUUUUUCUCUGGAUUUUUUUAAUUGAAUCAGAAUCAAACUCUGGAAACUUGUUUGCAUAAUCUAGGCUGUCAGUCCUAUGCAAUACUCAAGAAGUUUGCACAGUCAGAAGUACUAUCUUGGAGAUAAGAUUAAAUUAGUGCUCCAUCUGUCCCACUGAACAAAAUGUAGACACAGAGCUAAUGUGUUUUUCCCAGUGUCCUGAUCAAUCUUAAUGUUUCACCUACUUUUGCUUUAACAGUAAUAACCUGGCCAUUGUUAUAUUGGUGUUUGAGGAAUAUUGAUCAUGAAGUAAUAGAGAACAUUUUGAUUACAUGGAGGAUUUUUUUAUAUGCAUAGGUUAUUUACUACAUGCUGAACAGAAUAUUUAAAACAAGAGUUUUUACAGAAAAACAGGAUCCAGGAAAAAUGAAGCUUUCUGAAGAAGCCUUUUUUGAACAUAAGCUGGUGAUUUUUGGAACUGACUCCCAAGCAGUAGACAACAGCAGAUAAAAUAGCUUUCAGACUCCCCUAUAGUUUCUCAUUGAGAAUCUGAACCUUAUUGACUUGAAGGUCUUGAGUACAGUUCCCAAGCCCAAUUGUUUUCAAGAAAUGAGUUGAAUUCGGUUAGCAAGUAAGAAGCAUUUUAUUUUUUUUAAUUUGGAGAUUUAGCACGGUAAUGGGCCCUUCUGGCUCAAUCACAUCCAUGUGACCAGAUAACCUACUAGCCCAUACAUCUUUGGAAUGUGGGAGGAAACCCAUGCAGCAAUGGGGUGAACAUACAAGCUUUGAACAGACUAUGGCUGAAUUGAACCUGGGUCACUGUCACUGUAACAUAUGUAGAUUGUAGCAAAACUUCUUUACAUACCUACUACUACCCCUUUGCAAAAUGGGAAGUCAGUCUCUCCAGUACAUAAGAGGCUUGACAUGAUUCUGGACAAAGAUGGCAAUGGGCUCAAUUUUUAGAUGUAUGAACAGUUUAGAGCAGUGAUUAACUGCUGCCUCUGCACUCCAUGAUCUCUAUCAUCAUAGAACUUGUGAUUGGAAGUAAUUAAUUUUGCUGUUCUUUUGCCAUCCAGUUGAAAUGCAAUCUCACUCCAUAUAUUCCUUUUUCGGUAUUGCACUUAAUUACCUUUGGCUAAUAGAAAUCAAUGGCAAAUUAAAAACGAGCUCUUGGCCCACAAUUACCAUUUAUGGAAACACAAGAGACAGCAGAUGCUGUAAUCUGGAGCAAAUCCUGCAGGAUUUAAGUGGACCAGGCAGCGUCUGUGGAGAGAACUGGACAGUCAACGAUCCAGAUCAAGAUCCUGCAUAGGUCUCAAACCAAAAUGCUAACUGUCCAUUUUCAUGUUGCCUGAUCUGCUGAGUUUCUCCAGUAUUUUGUGUGUUGCCAUUUGUGUAAGAGUUUUAGAUCUCUUCCAUCUGUGCUUUUCAAUUGGAUCUUAAAAUGCCUGCCUCUAAUUUUUUAGGCAAUAUUCUAAAUCUCACCUUAGAUUUCCAACCAAUAGAAGUAGUUCCUCUCUACCUAUUUUGAAAACUUUGUCCUUUUAGGCACACAAAGUGGUCCUUGCAAAAAACCCAUAUUAAUAUUCUGAAAUCGCAGGGCGUAAAACUAACAUGGUCCACAUCAAGUAUUUUAGAACAUCACUGCUAGUAUUUUUUCCCUAUUAGAAAAUUCUCUGAUGUGCCAUUUUAGGACCAUGUUGGAUAAUUUCGCUUGAUUAAUUUGAAAUCCAUUUUGUAAUUUUGCCUGUCAGAUGUUUCUAACUAUUUUGUCUUUGCAGAGUCAACAGUUCAGCAUGUGUAGCUUUCUACCAAAUCAGUUAAAUCAUUAAUAAAAACAAUGAUCUUUGUGGAGGACCAUUAGUCAUGGCUUAUACUCUGUCUUCUGCUCCUAAAACAAAGAUAAGCAGUGGAAUUGUGGAAUUCUAGACAUUCUCAAGGCAUACACUACCUAAUGUGGGCACAUAUUGCCAUUUCAUUAUUGGGCUACAUCAGAUUCCCAGAGCAGGUGCUCUAUUCUGAUUCAAGAAAGUAUUCAAAGCCUCCUUAAAAAGAAUGCAACAUUCCCCCAGUCAGUGGGCAGUCCCUGGCUUAUGAUUACUCAAAGUGGUGGAAAAGCAAUUGGGAUAGUAUUAAUCUCGAGGCAAUACAUGGAAACACACAGAAGCUGGACAUAAAGGGUAAGAGUACACUGCCUCUCAAACUACUCAGCCACUUACAUCAUGGGGCACUUGUCCAUCAAUAGAAGAGUCUGUGAUCCCCAAAUAGUCCUCAACAAUUACAAGCCACAAACCAGAGGGAAGAGUAUCAUUAACAAGAAAAAAUCUGCAGAUGCUGGAAAUGCAAGCAGCACACACAAGAUGCUGGAGGAAUUCAGCAGGCCAGGCAGCAUCUAUGGAAAUAAAGUACAGUUGACUGUACUUUUUUUUCAGAAGACAAUUAUUUUUGAUCAUUAAGUGUCAUAUAUUAUACACUGCAGUCAGUUUGCUUUUCAUCACUUGUUUUAGUUUCCAUUUAAAUUUAAUGGGAGUGAUGAAAAUUAUCAGCUAUGCUACACUAUCACACUAAGUCAACUAUUACUUUACUGUCAGUGGAGGAGUGGAAUUAUCUACCCAGGGUUAGUCUAGAAGCGCCAUUGACAUUUUGAUGGAAGUGAUUAUGUGGCCUUAACAGUCGCAUCUAUAAUUUCAGAUCAAUUUUUAAAAAGGCAAAAUGAGAGUGAUGAACAAUUACUGCAAAAUAAAAUAUGCAGAACAUUGCUGUAAUGAAUAAUCAAUGGUUUUCAAUCAAAUAGCCUGAAAGAGUUUAUCUACAUUUGGAAGCAUUUUGUCAUUCAACUAUUAAUCAAUUAAAAUAAAAUGGAACACUUUUCAAACUGUUAUUU